UGGAGAAGCGCUUUAUAAACCCAGAUAAGAUUUUAAUUCAUCAGUUGUGAGAGGACAGAAUAUCAGAAUAACUAAAUGACAUUUCGUCACCGUAAUAAUCAUAUUUCAGGGACAGCGUCCUGAUCUUGCACAUCCGUAAGGAUAGCACAAGGCUCUUACGUGGCAUUUGCACAUUUGAAAUGGCAACAGAACCGAAAAAGGAGAGUGUCAAUAAUGUACCAGAAUGCUCAACAUCCACAAGUAGAAAAAGUCAAUGGGUAAAAUUAAACGUGGGAGGAACUGUUUUUAUGACAACAAGGACAACCCUUUGUAGAGACCCAAAGUCUUUCCUAUACAGACUUGUCCAAGACGAACCUGAUCUCAACACGGAUAAGGAUGGUAAUGGUGCCUACCUGAUUGACAGAGAUCCAACAUACUUUGGUCCAGUUUUGAAUUAUCUACGGCAUGGAAAGCUAGUCAUGAAUAGAGACCUAGCUGAGGAAGGAAUCCUAGAAGAAGCUGAAUUCUACAACAUCACAGAUUUGAUCAAGUUGGUGAAGGAGAAGAUUGUGGUGAGAAACGCUAAGCAGAAUCAGUCAUUCACUAAAAGUGUCUACCGUGUUCUACAAUGCUCAGAGGAGGAGCUAACACAAAUUGUGUCUGCAAUGUCCGAUGGAUGGAAGUUUGAGCAACUUGUGAAUAUUGGAUCCCAAUAUAAUUAUGGCAGCGAAGACCAUGCUGAGUUUUUGUGUGUUGUAUCUAAAGAGUGUCCAAAUAUUGUCAAUGGCCAGGACCCAGAACCAACUGACAGAGCCAAGGUGUUGCAGCAGAAGGGAUCAAGAAUUUAACUUGGGGAGCACCUUACUUUGGUGAGAGCAGGCUCUAUUACUGCUCACAGAUAUGCUCACAGUGGAAACAGAUUGACAGCGCAAAAUUACAAGCCAAAUGUCAAAAACCAAAAGCAUGUCAUCAGUAUGAUCGAGGAACUUUUUUAUUUAAUAUUUUUAUGUAUUUUUGAAAUUUGCAUAAGUCUCCUUCAGGACAGGGCUACGUAUAUACUGUCCAUAAGUUUCCUUCACGACAGAGCUACAUAUAUACUGUGCAUAAGUCUCCUUCACGACAGAGCUACGUAUAUACUGUGCAUAAGUCUCCUUCACGACAGAGCUACGUAUAUACUGUGCAUAAGUCUCCUUCACAACAGAGCUACGUAUAUACUGUGCAUAAGUCUCCUUCACGACAGAGCUACGUAUAUACUGUGCAUAAGUCUCCUUCACAACAGAGCUACGUAUAUACUGUGCAUAAGUCUCCUUCACAACAGAGCUACGUAUAUACUGUGCAUAAGUCUCCUUCACAACAGAGCUACGUAUAUACUGUGCAUAAGUCUCCUUCACAACAGAGCUACGUAUAUACUGUGCAUAAGUCUCCUUCACAACAGAGCUACGUAUAUACUGUGCAUAAGUCUCCUUCACGACAGAGCUACGUAUAUACUGUGCAUAAGUCUCCUUCACAACAGAGCUACGUAUAUACUGUGCAUAAGUCUCCUUCACAACAGAGCUACGUAUAUACUGUGCAUAAGUCUCCUUCACAACAGAGCUACGUAUAUACUGUGCAUAAGUCUCCUUCACAACAGAGCUACGUAUAUACUGUGCAUAAGUCUCCUUCACAACAGAGCUACGUAUAUACUGUGCAUAAGUCUCCUUCACAACAGAGCUACGUAUAUACUGUGCAUAAGUCUUUGUCACGACAGAGCUACGUAUAUACUGUGCAUAAGUCUUUGUCACAACAGAGCUACGUAUAUACUGUGCAUAAGUCUUUGUCACGACAGAGCUACGUAUAUACUGUGCAUAAGUCUCCUUUAUGACAAAGCUACUUAUAUACUGUGCAGAAAAUUUUGCAACAGUAAUAAAAAUUGUGUAUGUUUAUGACAUCUAAUUCUUUCCAUAUUUCAUUCUAUAAUGUAUUGUUUCAUAAAGAUGAGCCUAAUCUUAUAUCAUUGUAACCAUUUCAGGGUUAAAGGUUGCUAUGGUCAUGUUCAUGAGGUUAAGAUCUUCAGCUGUGGUGGUCUUGAGACAUUUAUCUGUUUGAAAACCUUCUCAGCUCAUCACAUCCUGAACUUGACCAAAGCAAGUUUCAGCACUUACAUUUGAAGUUUACUUAUUAUAAAGGAGUGAUAUGUAAAUGGCUGGGAGAUCUGUGACAGUGUCUACACAUACCUAUUUUCAUUGUUGAUGUGCUUACAUUGCCAGGGGUAGCCUUCAUUUGAUUAAAUGUAUAGGCAAAUUGAAGCAUGUUACCAUUUGUAGUUUGAGUAGAUCUUGAUAAAAAUAGGGAAUAGUAUCCUAUAUCAUAAGUAAAAUGUAAUCAUGAGUCAGUCUAUGUUGCCAUUUCAUUGAUUUUAGUUGUGCUUCGUGUAAACAAAUGUUACACAACUGGUCCAGUGAAUUUAUUGUUACAUAUAUAUUGUUACCUGUUUUUCUGAGAUGUGUUACACUGAAGCAAGUGUGAGUGUAGUAGUCUAUGUGGGUAUCGCUGUAGGCAGUGAGGCGUUUGUCUAGUGUAGUAGUCUAUGUGGGUAUCGCUGAAGGCAGUGAGGCGUUUGUCCAGUGUAGUAGUCUAUGUGGGUAUCACUGUAGGCAGUGAGGCAGGUGUCCAGUGUAGUAGAUACCAGUCUAUGUGGGUAUCGCUGUAGGCAGUGAGGCGUGUGUCCAGUGUAGUAGGUACCAGUCUAUGUGGGUAUCGCUGUAGGCAGCGAGGCGUGUGUCCAGUGUAGUAGUAUCCAGUCUAUGUGGGUAUCGCUGUAGGCAGUGAGGCGUGUGCCCAGUGUAGUAGAUACCAGUCUAUGUGGGUAUGGCUGUAGGCAGUGAGGCGUGUGUCCAGUGUAGUAGAUACCAGGCUAUGUGGGUAUCGCUGUAGGCAGUGAGGCGUGUGUCCAGUGUAGUAGUAUCCAGUCAAUGUGGGUAUCGCUGUAGGCAGUGAGGCGUGUGUCCAGUGUAGUAGAUACCAGUCUAUGUGGGUAUCGCUGUAGGCAGUGAGGCGUGUGUCCAGUGUAGUAGAUACCAGUCUAUGUGGGUAUCGCUGUAGGCAGUGAGGCGUGUGUCCAGUGUAGCAGUCUAUGUGGGUAUCGCUGUAGGCAGUGAGGCGUGUGCCCAGUGUUGUCCGUCAUGUCCUAGCUCAUGUUCAUAUUUUUUUACCUACUGACUCUUGAGAGGAGACAUGAAAUUACCUUUUCAUGUUCAGGUGUAAACAAACAGUCCGAUCUGUCCUAUAUGUAAAUACAAACACGGAACAUUUAUCAGUGCUGAAGGUUCAUUGAGACUAUUUUAUCAGUUUUACAGAUACAAUGGAAGCUGAAACUUAUAAUCUGAACACAAUUUACUACAGCUAUCUUUGAUAAUAAACUAGGAUAGAGACAAGAUCAAGCGGCCAUGUGGAAAGUUGAACAUUUCAGUUUUUAAAUUAGCAUCGUUGGACCAUCAGUAUUCUUCCCCUCAUCCUCUGAUAUAAUGAAAUUCACAUAAGCAAUACCAUAUACAUAUGACCUGAAUGUAUCUGUUGCAAAUACAAAACUUACCUUUGUUUACAUACAAUGUUUUAAAUGGAUAUUGUAAAUGAAAGUGCUGUACAAAAUCAUCUUUGUGUAAUGUCUCCAUUAUUUUUAACUUUGUUUUCAUGUAAAAUGUAUACAAUCCUACAAUAGGAAUUCUUGAAAGUCACUAACAAAAGUAUAGCUGAUACUGUCUAACUAGUCAAGUCUCAUUAGCCUUCAUUACUCAUUAGUCAACCCACAGCGAUGUAAGGGAGCAGCACUUAAUGUGUGGUGGCACCCUAUUGAAUGCUAAUCCAGCGUUAAAGAAAGGUUUAAAGUGAGGUGUUAUCCAGACUGAGUUUGUGUCCAAAGCAUGAUUAGGUUUCUUUGAUUUGGGAAUUGGUAUAUUACACAAAUAAUAUAUAAAUCUCUCAAAAACAUAAAAAAAAAUUAUUUAGGUAUAUGUAUAAUUAAAAAAGAUUUCAUACAGCUAGGGCUUAACAUUAAUAUUGAUGAGUUUUUAUUAUUGACCAUGGUCAGAAAUAGUCCCACCUUUUUAAGAAUACCACCUAAAAAGAUGAAAUUGUCUUUGAUUCACUUACUCUGUUAACCCAGUAUAAUGUAGAUAUCAUAUACCUGGCAUUUCAUACAUCACUAAGAUGUCGUCACAUGACAGUCUGUUGGGAUCAGUCAGCUGUUGUGUGUCAGUUUCACCAUUAUAAGGAAGUACAUCAGUUAUAGUUGGUUGUGGUUUUAUGUUAACAUUGUCAUUGUGACUUGCGAUUACUUAUUUUUGUGUUAAGGUCUUGUGAGUCUUAUUUAUGAAAGUCAUGUGGGCCUUAGUGGUGAGAUCAAGGUUUUUCUAAUUACUACUUUCACUUGGUAAACUCUACUGAAUAUUUGUAAAAAAGCUCCUCAUGACUAAAAUACAUGUAGUAUCAAAUAUGAUGUACAACAUUUGUCCUGUUUGAUAAGAUGUGUCAUAGACACAUUUGUCAUUAAAAUGUAUAGGUUGUAUUACCAAUGGGGGUUCUGCCAUGUUGGGGUUGUCUACUGGUCAACAUUCAUAAUGUUACUUUCAUCACAUUCUGUAGGAUUCGCCUGUACGGUGAUAGAUAAAGCACUAAGUGCCAACUUCUCAGGGCAAACAGCAAUUCUAGACGGGGCACAUCAAACAAAUCACUCCAACUCCUAGCUUCUUUUUAUCCAUUAUACCCUCUUAUGUGAUCCUGUUUUCAGAUCACUUGGUCCAAAGGGCCUAGCAAGCACAUGCUGUGGGGCAGUAUCUGUCCGUUGUAUAAUUCUCCUUCAAUCCAGGAGAACUGAAGAGAUUUUACCCAAUUUUGCAUUCUUAAGAAUAGGGUAUUCAACGUUGUUUAAAGGAAGAGUGUGACUCCCUUGGGAGCAGGGAGGCAGAACCCAAAGGGGGAAAUCAGGUUAGCCUCUAAAGAACUACUGCUUAAGAAAAUUGAUUUUGACUUAGUAUGGCAUGGAACAUCCAAGGGCCUUGGCAAUUCAGUGUUGUAUGAAUGAAGGGAUGCGGCACCACUCAGGACAAAGACUUAAAUGAGGAAAUAGGGGUUAAUGUUUAAAAGACUACCCCUUAAGUAGGAAUGAAACAGUUUGAACUGAUUUGGAUUGGAUUGGAUGUAUAAAUGAGGGGUGUGGCUCCUAUUUGGAGCAGAGGGUAAGGGCUGCAUAAGGGAAAUAGAACAUACAAAUAUUGACCUUUCUUCAAGACUAAUAAUCAAAUGCUGACAAAUACUGGAGCAAACGACCAUCUCAUUAAUUACCAGUAGUUCGCCUGGUUGAUUCUAAAUCUUAAGAUUUGGCAUCUGAUUAGUUGAUCUGAUUUUUUAUCCAUCUGAUUUUGAAGGAAUUUUAUACUUUCAUACAAAUAUUCCAAUAAUGGUCCUUGCCUUUUCAGUCAUUAAGUGGUAACGUGUUCAAGUAUCCCCAUCAUUGCUCCUACCAACAAGUUUCAACAACACAAGAAACUUGUGUGUGAUACCGGUUCAGUGGGCUUUUUGUUAUUGAUGUCGACGUGUUGUCACAGAAAUCUGUAGGUUUUGUGUUUUCUAUUAGAAUGUUAAGCAUGUAAUAGGUGGUUUGUGUAGUGGAAACAAUGUACCUACCUUAGAGGAAGGCAAGCGUUGAUCAAAACAUAUGUUUUUGGACCUAUUCUGGUAAAGCAGUGAAGUCCAGUUUUAUUACGAGUUUAUGAUUAUGACACAAAUAAUAUUAUCUGGGUUUAGUGCACUUCUCAUGGAGAUUAUUUUGCUAUUUUUGAAUUUUCAUAUGACGUUCAGGAGCCCUUCACAAUGAAAACUGCAUGCAGGCAAUGCAGACCAUUAAUUUCUCAUGUGAUCCAGGAUUUCUUGGGUUAUAAUUGUGUAGUAAAAUACCAAUAUUUCUGUCCUAAUGUAGAAUCUAAUCUCAUAACACAUGGGUGUUUAUAUAAAUUGAUAUGCAUACAAUUUUGUCUAUAUGUAAAGUGAUAUUUUCAUUAAAUUUAUAAAUGUG